GGCCCAAUACGAGCCUCUCCACACCUAGCCACAGUGAGCAGCCUCACUCUCAGUCCAACGCCGCCGCCAGUCCCCUCUUCCACCGGAGACCCAUUUUCCGGCGCGGCCGCUGCUUCCCGCAACAUCGAGCUGCCCGCCUCGCCGACCCACCCCAGCGGCCUCGCUCGCGCUUGCCGCCUCGUCGAGUACCGGAGGCAACCAGCGCGCGAUGGACCCUGGUUCUUCCCCCGGGGCAUUCCGCCGUCCUGGAUUGCCGUCGCCCUAGCUCCUCGUAUGAACUGGUGCAGUUCCCGAUUCCCCACUCGUCUUCCUGCUGCAGCUGCAAAAGAGAUCUGAGGAGUUAUCCAUGUCUUUGCUAACUGAUGACCUGGUUGUGGAGAUUUUGUCUUGGCUACCGCUGAAGUCCUUUUGCCGCUUCAAAUGUGUCUGCAAGUCUUGGCAUGCCUUGUCAUCUGAUCCACACUACCGCAAGAAGUUCCCAAGAACUCCCGUUGGUCUCUUCUACCAAAUACCUGAAUACCACACUGGUAUCGAUCUCGUUAGCCUUCCCUCAAGCGACAAAGAAAUUGACACAACACUUAGCUUUGUGCCAUGUUAUGAGGACCUACAGCUUAUGGAUUGCAGCAAUGGCCUACUUCUUUGUUAUCAUGGUGGUAUUAGAAAGUAUUUUGCAGAUAUAUCCCACGUUAUUGUGUGCAAUCCGGCAACUCAAGAGUGGAUGUCACUUCCAAAUACUGAACCUGGACCGUCAAGCUCUUUUUGUGACAUUGUGUUGUGUUUUGAUCCAUCAUGGUCUCAACACUUCCAUGUCUUCAGCUUCCAGUGCCAGUCUUCCAUGGCUGGUGAAGACUUCACUGAAGUUAAGGUUUUUUUCUCCGAGAAUUUCACAUGGUCUAGUUGUCGCUGGAAAAGUGAAACUGGAUUUGAUGGUAGUUCACGCUUCAUGAAUGGCGUGCUGUAUGUGAGUCAUCUAUUGGAGCAUGUCCUUCUGGCAAUCGAUGCACCCGACCCAUGUACGCAGUUGCUUAGUCAGAGGAUCAUUCAGCUGCCAGGAUUUCCAAAUGAUCCGGGGAUGUUUUCUUGGUGUAGUGGGUGUCUUUGCCAAUCAUCAGGGGUCUUAUGCUACGCACAACAAGAAUUUGAUGGUUGUAUGAUGCGGAUUUGGAGUUUGGAAGGCACUGACAGUUGGGUGGUGAGGCAUCGUCUGAGUAUGAACAAUGUAUUUGGGAGGGACUUGUUGCUCCGCACUGAUCAUAAUGGAUUUUGGUAUUUCGAUUAUGACAUCCACGAUUUUGACUUGGAGAGAGAGCUAGUUAUCCUUGUUGACAGAAUUGAUCAUAAGCUCAUCUCAUUUAGCAUCAGUACUGGGAAAGGCUCAGAGAUUCUAAAGAUUUCAGGGUUCGGUUACGUAUAUUGAAGUCGACUCUACGUGCCAUCCUACGGCAAGUUUCCAGCUUCAAUGCUUCAAACAGCUCAAGAUAAAUGCUAGCAUAUUUACCCUAUGAAUGCUGCAAUCUCUAGGUACCUUUUGUACAUUAGCUGUACCAACCAGCUGUUAUGUAUGUACUGGAUUAUUCGCUUCGUCAUGUUUUCUGUUCAUCUAGCUGGCACUUCUCAUUUCCCCUGUCAACUCUGGUCUUACUUGUGCUAGCGUGGUUGAUGUUAUGAAAAUCUGGAGUUAAAACAGGGCUACAUUUAAAUUAGUGUUUUUUGUCUA